AUGAGAAUAAUUAUUAAAGGAGGAAUUUGGAAAAACACCGAAGAUGAGAUCCUAAAGGCCGCCGUUAGUAAGUACGGCAAGAAUCAAUGGGCUCGCAUCUCAUCUUUGUUAGUCCGAAAGUCGCCUAAACAAUGUAAGGCAAGAUGGUACGAAUGGUUGGAUCCUAGUAUCAAGAAAACUGAGUGGUCCAAAGAAGAGGACGAAAAACUUCUUCAUCUCGCAAAAUUGAUGCCUACUCAAUGGCGAACUAUUGCCCCAAUCGUCGGAAGGACACCAUCUCAGUGUCUUGAAAGGUAUCAAAGAUUGCUGGAUGAAGCAGAGGCAAAAGAAGGGAUGGACUUGGGCUUGACUGGGCCAACUGGUGAUGCAGGUCCAAGUGCCGAUGAUGUUAGGAGACUCAGACCCGGAGAGAUAGAUCCUGAUCCAGAGACUAAGCCUGCUAGGCCAGAUCCGGUGGACAUGGAUGAGGAUGAAAAGGAAAUGUUAUCAGAAGCACGUGCUCGCCUGGCAAACACGCAGGGCAAAAAAGCUAAACGUAAAGCACGCGAAAAACAAUUAGAAGAAGCUCGACGAUUGGCUUCAUUACAAAAACGGCGUGAAUUAAAAGCGGCGGGCAUCGAAUUAAAAGGAAAAAAAAAGAAAAAAGGGAUGGAUUAUAAUGCAGACAUUCCUUUCGAGAAAAAACCAGCCUUAGGAUUUUAUGAUAUCACUGAGGAGAAGAAUAGGCAGUUGGAACCAGGUCAUACAAAUGUUCAUCUUCACAAACUCGAAGGUAAACGACGUUCUGAACUUGCCGAAGAGAAAAGAAGGAAAAAGCAAAAAACUGCACGGGAUGAUGGGGAGGGUGGUCCUGUUAGUUUCGUUCCUGCUCGAGCUGCACAAUUAAAUAAGUUAAAACAGGCCGAACAGAUUAGUAAGAGGCGAAAGCUCGCUCUUCCAGCUCCGCAAGUCGGAGAGACUGAACUCGAAGAGAUUGUAAAAAUUGGAUUUGCCGGAGAAAAUACCAAGGCAGUUGUAGGUGAAACGGAUACCGCUCCUUCACUAGGUGACUAUACACCAUCUACCAAUUUGCCUCUGAGAACUCCUAGAUCUACGGGAGGUUCUAUGCAAACGCCAAGGACACCCGGAACUAUUCUUUCGCUGAGAACUCCGAGAACACCUGCUUCGGUCGAUAAGGCGGCUAUUAAACAACUCCGAAUUGGAUUGCAAAGUUUGCCCGCUCCAAAAAAUGACUUUGAGAUUGUCUUACCCGAGAUUGAGAGUCAGAAUGAGCUUGGGGAUGCAAUGGAAGGUAUCGAGGAGGAUGCCAGCGAUAGGGAUAAAAAACUGAUAGCACAACAAAUGGAAGAAGAAAGAGCUCGUCUUAAUCGUAGAUCACAAGCCGUUAAGCGUGACCUUCCUAGGCCAGUUCACAUUAAUAAAUCCACUAUUGAAACUUUAAUAGAUGAUCCAUCGGACGAUUCAGAAGUUGUUAAAUUAAUUAAUUUGGAAAUGAUACAACUACUUCAACAUGAUGCCAUCGUGCAUCCAGUUCAUGGGAGUAAAUCAAACUUAGAAAAAUUGGAAUCAUUUGAAGAAUUUCCGGAUGAAUUAAUGGAUCAAGCAAGAAAAACGAUCGAAGAGGAGCUUACAGUAACAGCCAACGAACGCAUAACUGAUUUUUAUAGUGAGAAUUUGUAUAAAUUAGAUGACUUAAUGGAAAUCAAGCAACUUCAGAAUCAGCUCGAAAUUAACCGUAAUCUGAUGGUCAAAGAUGCCACCAGAGCAGCAAAAUUGGAAAAGAAAUUGAAUGUCACUCUGGGUGGUUAUUUGAAUCGAUCUCGAGCUCUUUCAAAGAAAAUCGUAGAGACAUUCGAAGACCUUGAACAAGCAAAAAUUGAACUAGAUUCUUUCCAAUCAUUGAACACAUCCGAAAAGGAGGCAAUACCAAAGCGUAUUGAGUCUCUCCGAGGCGAAUUCGACCAUCUAGUUGGACGUGAACGUGAACUUCAACAACGGUAUUCAAAUCUUUCGAAUGAAAAACAGGAAGUUCAACAACGGAUCAAUAAUUUAAUUGAAGAACUACAAAAGAAGGGUCCUUCAAAUGAACAAAUCUAG